ACCACCAAGUCUGGCUAAUUUUUAAGUUUUGUUGCAGAGACAAGGUCUCACUAUGUUACCCAGGCUGGUCUGAAACUGCUGGACUCAAGAGAUCCUCCUGCCUUGGUCACCCAAAGUGCUGGGAUUACAGGCAUGAGGCACUGCACCCAGAUCUUGUCCUUAUUUCCUGCAUCCCAGGCAAUUUGCCAAACAAGGGAUGAGGGUGAGCAAAGGAAUAUCAAACAUAUGCCUUGCUCUCAAGAAGCUCAUGGUCCAAAAGGGAUGAAAAAGUGUAUUUUUCCAGUUCAAGCCAGCCCGUUCCAGGGCCUUUUCUGCAGCAAACAUGCCAUGUGCACCCACAGAUCUCGGUAGCGGAGACUCCAAUUCCCCAGACUCACUGGCCUGUACCAAGCACUGGCCCCUUGCAGACAUUCCCAGGAUGGCUGCCCAUCAGGCAGCCCUGCCCUCCAGGCUCACAGCCAUUGUGCUGUCCAGCUCACAGCAGAGACGACACAUUUGGGUUGGGCUUCCCCACCAUGGGGCCUUAAUUUCAUCAUUGUAAAGCGAGGAUUGCUUGGUUGUGUUAGGACUUGAGAUCCUGGAUGUGAACUGCCCCCACGGGCCGGGCACCUGAAUGUGUUCUGUGAAUGGGGGCAGGACUGCUACAGGUGGUAGUUGUAGCUGGUGCGACUGCCCAGAAUGGCACCCAGCACACAGCUGGCACACAAACGUUGGCAGUAAUAGUGCCCACAGCGCACUCUGCGGUCCAGAAGGGAGGGGCGAAGUUGGCUUCUGUCUCUUGGAGCUGUAGGAUCAGAGGUGGGCUCAGGGGUGGGGCCCUUGCUUGCCCUGGGGUGUGUGGUCAAGUCUGCAGAGGUCUCCAGGUGGGAGGCUUCCUGCACCCUGCUGGCCUGCGCAGGAGGUUCUUCAGGCUCCAGUGGAGAAGGCUAGGAGACAGACAGGGCUCCUGCCUGCCUUCCUCUGGCUCAGCCCACCUUAGGGCUCAGCUGAGUGUGGCCAUGGUAUCCUCUCGAAGGAGGAAGGGGUGCAGUUGAAAUGGUGGUUGGCACGUAUGUGUCCCUUUUCCUGUCUUUAUGCCCCAGAAAUCCCCACCCUCAUUUCUUUAAUGGCUUUCUGUGGCCAGCCACAUCAAGAGGGGUCCACAGAGGCCUCACCCUGGCUGUAGCCCUUGAAUUGGGUUUUCACCUCACAGAGAGUGGGCCCCAUGUGGGCAGGACUGGUCCCACAAGAUGUCUUCAGAGCGGGCAGGUCCCCAAAACAAGAAGACGUAUGCUUCGAGGGCACAAUGCAGGUACAGGUCUAGAAUUUUCCAUUCUAGAACCUGCCCCUCCUCUCCCCGAGCUAGCCCUCCCCCUGCCCAGUCCAGGGCUGUGCCAGCCCCCACCCUGAGCUCGCAGCCCCAUCACUCCCUGCCUCUGCCGCAGUCCCAGCAAGUCUUCAGAAGCGUGGCUGCUGCCUCAAGAGGGACGCAGUUCCCACCCAGCGCCCCCCACCACCCUGGCCCCUGCCCUCUGAUACAAGUCAGGCCUCAGUUGUGCCCCCCAAGACUGGUGAAACUGGACCACCACACCCCCUCCCAUGCAUUGCCCUCCGUGAAGGGCAGCAGCAGGCAGAAGCUGGAUCAGAGAACCUUCACAGAGCAGGUACAUGAGGGCAAGGACAAUGGCUACCUGUUCUCCAAGAAGAUCGCUUCUGGGGCCUUCUCCAAGGUGUACUUGGCCGAUGCCACUCACGAGUGCGUGCACCACAACCCCAAGCUGUCCUCCGAUCUGCAGGGCAAGCGCCACACCAUGAUAGCUGUCAAGAUCAUCUCCGCAACCGAGGCCCCGGUGGAGUUUUCCCGCAAGCUCCUGCCCCGUGAGAUCUCCUCACUCAACACGACCUACAAGCACCUGAACGUGGUGGGCAGAGGCCUGGACACAGCCUGUCCCCACCCUCCCCUUCCCCAAGGGCAGCUCUCCCCAGCCAGCUGCCUGCCCCAGGCCUAUCGCCCCCGCCCCCCACCUUGGACCUCCCUUUCGCCCCAGGGCUGGAGCCCAACCGCAUCCUGGAACCUGGAUCUGGUGCAGCUGUAUGAGACCUAUCAGAGCAGCCAGCUCGUGCUGGAGCUGGUGGCCCAGGGCGACCUGCUGGAGCACAUCAACGCUGCAUUGGACCCCCUCUACCACCCAGGGCUGGAGGAGAAGGAAGUCCUUGGACUGUUCUGGCAGCUGGUCAGUGCCAUGGCACACUACCACAGCGUGGGCAUCGCCUACCAGAGAGGGCGGCACCUGGGUCUAUCGGACCUGAAGUGCAAGAACAUCCUGCUGGACGACCACGGCCUUCUCAGGCUGACCGGAGAGCCCACAGCCCCCGCCCUGACCCCCAGCCCGGGGUUGAAUGCCUCCACCUGCAGGGGCCCACACCCCACGCUUGUCCCAGCCAGGCCCCUGCCUUCAGCUCUCCCAGGCCUGCAGGCCACCCUUACCCACGGGCCUGAGGCCACUGGCCUAACCCCUACUGCCACCCUCCCCAUGCACCUGGUACAGAUUUUGGCUUCGUCGGCCGUGUGGGGCCCAGGAACUCACUGCUCAGCACUUUCUGUGGCUCCCCAGUCUACACAGCCCGAGAUCCUCGUGAGCAGCAAGUAUAGCAGGCAGCAGGCCGACCUGUGGAGCCUAGGUGUCAUCCUCUAUGCCAUGGUGAGUAAGAAGCUGCCAUUCAAGGAGCCCCAGCCCCACUGCAUGCUGCACCUCAUGCACUGCGGUCCCACCUUCUGGCCAGGUCUGUUCCCAGAGAAGCAGGUGCAGUCCCCAUUCCCAGCAUCCAUGGAUGACCUGGAGCCUGGUACAGACUUAGAGCGCCAAUGGCCAGUCCUGUAG